GCCGGGGGCGGCCGGCAGCCGAGGCGCCGCCAUGUCGCUGCUGUGCGUGCGGGUAAAGAAAGCUAAACUUCAAGGACCACCAGAUAAAUUCAAUACGUAUGUGACCCUGAAAGUGCAAAAUGUGAAGAGCACAACAGUAGCAGUGCGAGGGGACCAACCCUGCUGGGAACAGGACUUCAUGUUUGAGAUCAGUCGGCUGGACCUGGGCCUAAUUGUUGAAGUAUGGAACAAAGGACUGAUCUGGGACACCCUGGUCGGGACCGUGUGGAUUGCUCUGAAAGCCAUUCGCCAAGCUGAUGAGGAAGGUCCAGGAGAAUGGUCUACACUGGAGGCAGAGGUUGUAAUGAAACGUGAUGAAAUCUGUGGAACCAAAAAGCCAACUCCUCAUAAGAUUUUGUUGGAUACAAGAUUCGAGUUACCUUUUGAUAUCCCUGAAGAAGAAGCCAGAUACUGGACCAGAAAAUUAGAACAAAUAAACUCACUUGGAGAUGAUGAGUAUUCCUAUCAGGAAGAAGUCCGGAAGAAACCAUUGCCCAGUGCUGCCUCCCAGUGUUCCUUUGAAGAUGCUGACAGUGCUGUGGAUGAUCGAGACAGUGAUUAUCGCAGUGAGACAAGUAACAGCAUUCCUCCUCCGUACCAUACGACUGCACAGCCCAAUGCCUCUGUGCACCAGUUCACCGUACCGUCGCGCCUGCAGCAGCAAGGGGUCUUGCGGGAAUCCUGUGCUGACUCGCUACAAAACUGUGAUCUGGACUAUCAGGAGCACGUGGCCAUCAGCCCUGCUGGCAGUAGUAGAUAUGGCUCCUCUUGUAAUGUCAGCCGGGGAAGCUCUCACCCAAGUGAGCUGGACCAUUCCCAUGAAAGUGCCCACGGCUCUGAGCAAGAUGAUGACCACCAGGAAAGGGAGUCGAUCCAUUCUUACCACGACUCUGGCAGCUACCUGAAGGAUGGCCAGACCUGGCUCAGGGAGCAAGAGGAGCCUCAUGGCAAAGAGGAGGAGGAGGAGGUCUGUGAGACAGAGGACAAAGAUACAGAUCAUUCUGCAGCUAAGUUACCUCUGGAACUUGAGAAGCCCAAGGACAUUGAUGCAGGAGCUCAAGUGAGCUACUGUGAUAAUGAGCCACCACCAUUUUCUCCAGCGAGAGCCCGUUGGAUUCAAGCCAUUAGCAGAGUACGAUUGCAACUUCAAGAGGAUCAAGAUGAGGCUGAUCCAUCAAAACCACCUUGGCUUAGAGGAGGGCCUGCAGGUGGACUCUAUGGCAUUGAUAGCAUGCCUGAUCUACGCAAAAAAAAGCCAAUUCCACUUGUCAGUGAUCUGUCACUGGUCCAAUCCCGGAAAGCAGGAAUUACCUCAGCAAUGGCCACUAGAACAUCUCUCAAGGAUGAAGAGCUGAAAUCUCAUGUCUAUAAGAAGACUUUGCAAGCCUUAAUUUACCCCAUCUCCUGUACAACCCCACACAACUUUGAAGUGUGGACAGCCACCACUCCUACCUACUGCUAUGAGUGUGAAGGGCUGUUGUGGGGCAUUGCACGACAGGGAAUGCGCUGCGCUGAAUGUGGAGUCAAGUGCCAUGAGAAGUGCCAAGACUUGCUCAAUGCUGACUGCUUACAGAGAGCAGCAGAGAAGAGCUCAAAGCAUGGGGCGGAAGACCGAACCCAGAAUUUCAUCAUGGCCAUGAAGGAUCGCAUGAAGAUCCGAGAGCGGAACAAGCCAGAGAUCUUUGACUUGAUCAGAGAUGUGUUCUGUGAGAGUAAACUGACACAUGCUCAGCAGAUGAAGACAGUGAAGCAGAGUGUGCUUGAUGGUACCUCAAAAUGGUCAGCAAAGAUCACGAUCACAGUAAUGUGUGCUCAGGGUCUGCAGGCCAAAGACAAGACUGGAUCCAGCGAUCCAUACGUCACUGUUCAAGUUGGCAAAACAAAGAAGAGGACAAAAACAAUUUUUGGGAACCUGAACCCUGUCUGGGAAGAGAAGUUUUAUUUCGAGUGCCAUAAUUCCUCCGACCGAAUCAAGGUGCGAGUGUGGGAUGAAGACGAUGACAUUAAGUCUCGCGUCAAGCAGCGACUGAAACGCGAGUCAGAUGAUUUCCUGGGACAGACUAUCAUUGAAGUCCGUACGCUGAGUGGAGAGAUGGAUGUGUGGUACAACCUUGAGAAGAGAACAGAUAAGUCUGCAGUGUCUGGGGCUAUCCGCCUGCAAAUCAGCGUGGAGAUCAAAGGGGAGGAGAAAGUGGCUCCAUAUCACAUUCAGUACACUUGCCUUCACGAGAACCUCUUCCACCAUCUCACAGAUGUGCAAGGGAAUGGGGUGGUGAAGAUCCCUGAUGCCAAAGGAGAUGAUGCCUGGAAGGUGUAUUUUGAUGAGACAGCUCAAGAGAUAGUGGACGAAUUUGCAAUGCGUUAUGGCAUUGAAUCAAUAUACCAGGCCAUGACGCACUUUGCAUGUCUCUCCUCCAAAUACAUGUGCCCAGGAGUGCCAGCUGUGAUGAGCACCUUACUUGCCAAUAUCAAUGCUUACUAUGCGCACACAACUGCCUCCACGAAUGUGUCUGCUUCGGACCGUUUUGCAGCCUCCAAUUUUGGGAAAGAACGAUUUGUGAAACUUCUGGACCAGCUCCAUAAUUCACUUCGCAUUGAUCUUUCGAUGUACAGGAACAACUUCCCAGCCAGCAGCCGUGAACGGCUGCAGGACCUGAAGUCUACAGUGGAUUUGCUGACCAGCAUCACUUUCUUCAGGAUGAAGGUUCAAGAGCUGCAGAGCCCACCUCGAGCUAGCCAAGUAGUAAAGGACUGCGUAAAAGCUUGCCUGAACUCCACCUAUGAGUACAUUUUCAACAAUUGUCAUGAGCUCUACAGUCGCGAGUACCAGACCGAUCCUAACAAAAAUCAGGACCUUCCUCCUGAGGAACAAGGCCCCAGCAUCAGGAACCUGGAUUUCUGGCCCAAACUCAUCACUUUGAUAGUUUCUAUCAUAGAAGAGGACAAAAAUUCUUAUACCCCAGUCCUGAAUCAAUUUCCUCAAGAGCUUGCUGUUGGGAAGAUCAGUGCAGAGGUCAUGUGGAAUCUUUUCGCUCAGGAUAUGAAAUAUGCCAUGGAAGAGCAUGAGAAACAUAGGCUGUGUAAAAGUGCAGACUAUAUGAAUUUACACUUCAAAGUGAAGUGGCUGUACAAUGAAUAUGUUCGUGAUCUGCCUGCCUUCAAGGGAAAAGUGCCUGAAUAUCCAGCGUGGUUUGAGCAGUUUGUGAUGCAGUGGCUGGAUGAAAAUGAAGAUGUUUCUUUGGAAUUCUUGCAUGGUGCUCUGGAGAGAGAUAAAAAAGAUGGGUUCCAGCAAACAUCUGAGCAUGCUCUGUUCUCCUGCUCAGUGGUGGAUGUCUUCACUCAGCUCAAUCAAAGCUUCGAGAUCAUUAAGAAGCUUGAGUGCCCAGACCCUGUCAUUGUUGCUCAUUACAAUAGGAGAUUUGCUAAGACAAUUGGGAAAGUGCUGAUGCAGUAUGCUGAUAUCCUCUCCAAGAGUUUCCAGUCCUACUGCUCCAAGGAGAAACUGCCCUGCAUCCUUAUGAAUAAUAUCCAGCAGCUGCGGGUACAGUUGGAGAAGAUGUUUGAAGCCAUGGGGGGUAAAGAGUUGGAUACAGAAGCAAGUGACCAUCUCAAAGAGCUCCAGGUGAAGCUGAACAAUGUUUUGGAUGAGCUGAGUGCAGUGUUUGGUAACAGCUUUCAGACUCGUAUUGAUGACUGUGUCAAGCAAAUGUCUGAUAUCCUUUGUCAAGUGAAAGGAACGGGAAAUGUUCCUGCUAAUGCCAGAAACACUGUGGCACAAGAUGCAGAUAAUGUCCUGAGGCCGUUGAUGGAUUUUCUGGAUGGAAACCUGACACUAUUUGCAACUGUGUGUGAAAAGACAGUGUUGAAACGGGUGCUGAAAGAGCUCUGGAGGGUGGUAAUGAAUACCAUGGAGAAGCUGAUUGUGCUGCCUCCUCUUACAGACCAUACGGGUACACAGUUGAUUUUCAGUGCUGCUAAGGAACUGGGACACUUGUCAAAGUUGAAGGAUCAUAUGGUGAGAGAAGAAACUAGGAGUCUCACUCCAAAGCAGUGUGCUGUUUUGGAUCUCGCACUGGAUACUAUCAAACAAUAUUUCCAUGCUGGUGGGAAUGGUCUGAAGAAAACCUUCUUGGAGAAAAGUCCAGACCUGCAGUCACUUCGGUAUGCACUCUCUCUCUACACUCAGACCACAGAUACUCUCAUCAAAACCUUUGUCCAGACUCAGACAGCUCAGGGGUCUGGUGUGGAUGAUCCCGUGGGUGAAGUGUCCAUACAGAUUGACUUGUAUACACACCCAGGAACUGGGGAACACAAGGUCACCGUGAAAGUUGUGGCAGCCAACGACCUGAAGUGGCAAACAUCCGGUAUGUUCCGUCCGUUUGUCGAAAUUACCAUGAUUGGGCCCCAUCAGAGUGACAAGAAGAGGAAGUUCACGACCAAGUCAAAGAGCAACAACUGGGCUCCCAAAUACAAUGAAACCUUUCACUUCAUACUGGGGAAUGAAGAUGGCCCUGAUGCCUAUGAGCUCCAAGUCUGUGUGAAGGACUACUGCUUUGCUCGGGAAGAUCGGGUACUGGGCAUAGCAGUAAUGCAGCUCAGAGACAUAGCGGACAAAGGAAGCUGUGCUUGCUGGUGCCCGCUUGGGCGCAGGAUUCACAUGGAUGAAACUGGACUUACAGUCCUGCGGAUUCUCUCUCAAAGAACCAAUGAUGAAGUUGCCAGAGAAUUUGUAAAGUUGAAAUCUGAAUCUCGUUCCACAGAGGAAGGCACCUGAGCUGAGCUGUGUAAUGUUCCCUUUUCUCUUCUGCCUUGUGCCAAUAUGUGCAAGUGUUCAACAAUUUUCUCUUAUUAGUUACAAAAGGUUUUUCAUGUUGUCUUUGUCAGCUCCGAUAGCGCAUGUGUGCUGUACAGAAAACAAAUCCAUCAAUCUGAUGUGAAUUAUUUAUUUUUCAGUAGCUGGGUAAGAUCCUAUAGAGAAUGAGACAAUCUCUUAUUUAAGAUGCAAAUUUUGCUUUGUGUAUAUACAUUAUUUUAUACUGGAGGCUGGGUAUGCUGGGUUUUGUUGAUACGCAGCACUGUGAUUUUAUCCUCUGAAGUUGGCAGAUGUUUAAAAAGGUUCUACAUAAUCACACUACAAAACAAACCAAUUGCAUGGAAACUGGGAGGAGAACAACAAUUUGUGGUUUUGACAAAGCAGUUGUUCCUCAUUGAAUUCAUGUACUGUGGAGCUGCCAAGGGAUGUUCUUGCACAGAUGAUACCAGUGCCCCAAUAUGAGAGGCAGACGCCUCAAUGUCUGCUUAAAAAUGUUGUGUGUUGCUUUGAAGAUGCACACCAAAUGAAUGUAUGACAUGGAUGUGCUGCUGUGAGCCCAGGUAAGACCAGUGGCUCAAGUGCAGAGGGGCCUACGAUCUCAUAGCCAAAAUCUGUAAAGGCCACAUACCAGGAGCAGAUUGCAGCUGUCCUGCUAUUGCAAUUAGAUGGUGUGUGUUGGAGAAUAUAAAUCUCUGAAUGCUGCUGGGAUUCUUGCAUUAACAUGGGGGUGCUGUAAGCUGCCAACCUCCACAAGUCACACUUCGGCUACUGUGACCAACGUAGUAAGGAAGGGAACAACUUUAGGACAAUGACAAAUAAGGAGGCUGCUAUAUACAUUUUUCACUUCAAUAUUCUUCUGUUAGUUUUACGUGGGUUUGGAUAAUUUAAUACUCGCAGACUUUCUGUAGCAUUUUCUUUCCCUGGAGUAGUGAGACCAUUCCUCACUAUGAACCCUGAAACGAUGACGUGUUUGAGAGAGAGCAACACAUCUCCCCUCUGUGACCCCUCAGUCCUCAAGUACUGGCAAGGUGCUGCAGGUCCAUUCUGUUCCGAUCUUAAAGUUGCUAUUAGUCAGGCCGUGGUUGAUCCAUGCUGGUUGUCAUUGUUCUGUGAUUAAUGAUACCACUGAAAUAUUUUUUUGCACUAGUGUGAAGAUGCAUCCAGGUUUUGGUUUUUUGCAAAAUGAAGUGAUAUCCUGAGCAAAGUGAUUUCAAGGAUGUUAGAAUUUCCAACUGGAGUUUCCUAAGCAGAAAGUACCGGAGUAGUGAUUAUACCUGAUGUUUUUGUUUUGUUUUUUUGUUCUUUCCUGUUUUCAGCUGCCCUUAUACUCUGGAAAGUUCAGCUGGAAUGAGCCAGUCCUUACCCAUAAAGUACUGUAAUACUGUCCAUAAAUUCAAGGACUGUGUAUUGAAUGACUUUUUUUUUAUUAUUUUAUUUUCUAUUUUCUCUGACACUUGUACAGCUGUAUGAUAGGACUCCUGUAUUUCACAGGCCUGCUUGUAGAGUUCUGAGACUGCACAUCUGCUUUGUUCUUGUCCAUGGUGUAUUAUAAUAAUGCUCUUCAAAACUCCACACUAUUUGUCAUGACUUUGAAUCAUUGUAUGUGCCAUUGUUACAAGAACUGUCAGUACAGUCUUUAAUAAACUCUUUUAGCAGCAUUUGGAGUCAUCUAUUGAAGUGUAACUGUAAUUGGGUUUGGUAAAUCGUGUAGGGCAGGAUCACUAUUGCAUCUUUGUAAAUUAGUCUCAUUUAGUACACACU